GGUGAUGACGUCCUGACAGUCAUCAAAAUGAAGGCUCAGUGGCCAGCCUGGCAACCCUUGAAUGUGUGAGUAGUCCAACAGCUACCUCCUCUAUCAUCUCUCUCUGUUUCUCUCACUAUCUCUCUGACUAACUCACUCACACUUUCUCCUGAGGGAUUUGAUCCGUCCUGCAGCAACGUCCUUUUUCCUUCCUCUCCCUCCCUCCUUUCUAUUUGCCACCCUCACCCUUCUUCUUUAUGCUCCUUCCAUGUUUUUCUCUCUUUUCACAUAUGCAUGAGUUAUACCACACUGCAAGGUCUUCUUCAUUGCUCAUCCACUCAACGUUGAAUCAUGCCUGGCCUCCCAAGCACACAAAUGAGGUAUCACAACUCAUUGAUCCAAAGUUCUGCACUCGACUUGUUGCUCUGUGCCUUUGAGUCACUUAAAAGUACAUGCCCUGAAUCUGAUAGCUCAUCUCCACAUGCACCAAGCUGAUCAGUGUGACUAGGCUUCCUUUAGACUCCUGCAUGCAUAAACCCUCAUUUAAUCUCUUAUUUAUGAGAAAGACAAGGAGCUAGUUAGCCCAGGUAGCUCAGAGAGAGAAGCAUCCUCAACACUCACAGAGGAUCCGAGUGUGAGACUCCAAAGAGAGCUUCCAAAGGAAGCCACAGCGAGGGACAGAGCCAAUCAAAUCCACAGAGGAUAAUAAGCUCACUAUCUUGUUUAUAUGCCAGCAAAUUAAUCGUAUCAUAAAGUGGCUGUGUAAAUGCAGAGGAAAUCAAAUCAACUGGUGUAGGGGAUGGGUGGUAGGAAAGGGAGGAGAAGAGGAGGGGAAGAGGCGAGGAGGAGAAGAGGCGAGGAGGGGAAGAGGAGAGGAGGAGAAGAGGAGAGGAGGGGAAGAGGAGAGGAGGAGAGGAGAGGAGGAAAGGAGGGGAAGAGGAGAGAAGGUUUUUCUUCCUUGAAAGUAGAGUACAGAAAUGGUUAAGUGCAUAUUUUGCUCCUGCAAUUGAAGGAUAUUUCUUUUUAUUCUUUAAAAUGAUUCUGUUGGGAUUGCAUACGAUUUUUGUUUUUACAUGUUCGCACAUGUUUUUGAACGUGUUUAUAAAUGUUGUUUGUACGUGUUUCUACGUGUGAUUCAUAAAGUUUGUGUGUGAAUUAGUGAAGGGGGCUUGUGUUACUGCACUUGUGUGUACAUAUGUAUGUAUGUGUGUGGGUUAAGAGGGUGUGUGUUUUGAUGAUGAGUGAAAGAACUCCUGGAGGGGAUUUUCUCCAUCAAGGUUAAGGGCCUCCUGCAGGCUCCUGUGUAUCAAGACAUCAGGCUGACCUAUUUUACACAGCUGCCUGCCAAUUAACAAACCCACUUACCCUGCCUUUGAAAAAGAGAAAGAGGGAGAAAAAAUAAAUAAACAGAGAGAGAGAGAGAGAGAGAGAGAGAGAGAGAGCAAGAGAGAGAGAAAUAGACGUUGAUUAAUUAUCAGUGGUGAGAAAACCAGCUCUUUAUUACGUAGGCAGAUUGUUAGAGAUGGAGCUUCAGGUUCAGGGAUAUCUGGGAUCAGUGUUGGGUUAGGAAGGGUUUGGAAGAACUAGAACAUUAAUGAAUACACUGAGUUUAUAUAACCACAUUUCUUUACCUGUCUCUUUAUCAAUCUUCCCUUCUAGUGCCUUUGUUCCACAGUGAUCCCUUCUAUUGAUUUGGAACUUAAGUGGUCAUCUUAAGAGAGAUGUGGUGGCUGGAGCAAAGGAAAGGGAGAGAGAGAAAGUCAGAGGAGGGUGGAGAGGGAGUGAGGGAGGUGGGUGAGUGGAGGGGUGCAGAUAUGACAUCCAUUAUUACACACAGCAGAGCUGUCUCCUGAGACUCAUAACAUGUUAAAGGGAAAGGAAGAGAGCGAGAGAGAGAUAGAGAAAAAUUUACCAAAAUAGGGAAAGAUGGACGCAGAGAGAGAGCAACAGAGAAAGAUAUAUGUUCAGAGAGAGAGAGGGAGGAAUAGAACGUAAGAGAGGUGGGAAUUCCACCAGGGCUGUCUCCAACCAACCAACCAACCGCUCCAUGCCGCCACACCAAGGUCAGCAUCAGGGUCAACACGGAGAUUGAUUGCUGGCGCUAUCGUUGAGGAAAGCUCGCCUAAUUAAAAACGCUGUGGCACACUGAUGAAAUUACCCACUGCCCGCCUCAUUUGCAUACACGCCAGGGGAUUGACCGGGCUCGUCUUGGCAGGAAUCAAUUUCCUGUGUGUUGUGUUCCCGUUCCUCCUCCUUCCCUCCGGCCAUGUUUUAUUGACGUGUAAACACAUAAUUCUCCCUGCCUGUCGUUUUCACAAUGUCCUUUUAAAUGACAUGUUUGCUUUUGCCCUCCCCGGCUGGAUUGAUGAGGAGUACAUUUUACACAGUGAACUGGAGACUCAGGGUCGCUGCAGCUGCUUUCCACUUUGAGUUUAAGGUCUGUGUCUGUCUGUCUGUCUGUCUGUCCUUGGUAGGUGAAACGCGUUUGAGAGGACGUCUGGUUUCAUCUGGUUUCACUCUCAGUCCCACUGGUCUACCUGCACUUCUAGAUAACCUGACAUAAUCCGCUUCCAUGUUCCUCUGGGAAUAUGUAUAUCUCACACGUACACCUGUCACCUGUGCACACACGUAGGCAUCCGAGCACACACACACAUGCACACACACGCACUCGUAUGGUCAGGUGCCACAAAGAGGGACUUAGGAAAAUUACAAUUGGCUCAGAACAGGGCAGCACGGCUGGCCCUUAAAUGUAGAUGGAGAGCUAACAUUAAUAACAUGCAUGUCAAUCUCUCAUGGCUCAAAGUGGAGGAGAGAUUGACUUAAUCACUACUUGUUUUUGUAAAAAGUGUUGACAAGCUGAAUGCACGAGCUGUCUGUUUAAACUACUAGCACACAGCUCGGACACCCAUGCCUACCUCACAAGACAUGCCACCAAAGGUCUCUUCACAAUCCCCAAGUCAAGAACAGACUAUGGGAGGCACACAGUACUACAUAGAGCCAUGACUACAUGGAACUCUAUUCCACAUCAGGUAACUGAUGUAAGCAGUAGAAUCAGAUUUUAAAAAACAGAUUCAAAUACAGCUUAUGGAACAGCGGGGACUGUGAAGAGACACACACACAGGCACAGACACACAUACACAUACACAUGAUAAGACACGCGCUCUACACACAUGUACACAUGGAUGUUGUAUUGUAAAUAUGUGAUAGCAGAGUAGUGGCCUGAGGGAACACACUUAAUGUGUUGUGAAAAGUGUUAUGAAAUGUAAUGUAAUGUAUUAUUUUAAAUUGUAUGUAACUGCCUUAAUGUUGCUGGACCCCAGGAAGAGUAGCUGCUGCCUUGACAGGAACUAAUGGGGAUUCAUAAUAAAUACAAAAAAUACAAAUACUCAGGCACACAUGCACACACACACACCUGCACCUUAGAGACUAUUUGAACCUCAGAGAAUAUCUGCAUCUUAUCUGCACUGACUCUCCAGACAUCCAACCCAUACACACAAACGCACGCAUGCACAAACACACACACACACACACACACACACACACACACACACACACACACACACACUCACGCACACACAGUUAACACUGCUGUUCUAUAAUAUACUAUUUAUUCAACUGUGCGACCAAGACACUAUCCACUUUAUAUUUGUAACAUAGUCAUACUUGACAUUUAUACUGUAUAUCCUAUUGUGUAGACAUCACCUUUAUUACUAUGCAUACAACAUUCCUCUAAUUACUUGUUAGUUUUGAUUGACCUUUGAUUAAUAUUGAUUGAUAUUGUAAUGCCAUGUUGAGGGGCUAGCACGCAAGCAUUUCACUGCACCUUUUAUACCCGCUGUAAACUGUUUAUGUAACAAAUAACAUUUGAUUUGACACACACACAACAACAAUGUGUCACACAAUGUGCUAGUGACACAGACAGAGCAGCCCCUGUGGGAAUCUUUGUCCCUGGGCGGUGUUCUCUGUCUCUGUCAAAGUACAGAGCCAUUCCUCUCUCAAACACACAUUCGAGCAUGAAGGCAAGCAUGCACACACACUCUCCAGAGCCUCAAUGUACUCAGACGGUCCCCACAGAAAACAGCCUACACCCCUCUCUUUCUCUCCAUCUUCCUCUCUUUGUCCAGUCCUGUCCUCCAAUACACGGUAAUAAUCACCUCUAAGGAUGUGUAAGAGCUCUAAUCUUCUGGGAACACACAGCAGGCUGCCAGCCGUCCCCUCAUCCCCCUCACCGCGUGUCACCGCGUCCCUUUGCUCAGCUCAGCCAGUCUCGGAGGCCUUGGGUUUAUCUCUGACGGCCACAUUGGUCCCAACACAAAGCCGACUUGUAACUGACAGGGUGGCAGGAGAGAUAGGGUGUAGGAGGGUGGGAGGUAUAUAUCAACCCCUGAUAAACUUUCAUUAGAAAUGCUGUGGUUUGGUACUAGGAAAAAGUAUUCCUGAACAGACAUUUUGUGUUUGUGACGAUGUGGUGACUGUGUGUCUUCUGUGUGUGUUGCCGUGUGCAUUAUUGUGCUUGUGACUGUCUGUGAACUAGCGCACACGUCACAACAUUCUCUGUUGCACACACACACACACACACACACACACACACACACACACACACACACACACACACACACACACACACACACACACACACACACACACACACACACACACACACACACACACACACACACACACAUACACAUACACACAUACUUGUGGCUCUCUGCCACCAGUAAAAUCUUUAGGGGUGUUUAUUACUCAUUACCUCUGGCUGGCAGCUCUGUGUUGAACUGUUGUAGGGGGUGAGCUGGAUGCGCAGAGCAUGCCAGAGGCAGCAAAGAAACUUCUCUACAUCUCUGUGGACUUCAGUACCCCUUCUCUCAUCCUUUCAUCGUUCUUCAUCUCCCUUUCCUUGCUAUCCCUCUUUCUCUUUUCAUGCUUUUUAGGAACUUCAGUCAGUAUUUCUGUUCUCUCUCUCUCCCUCUCUCUUCCUCUCUCUUUAUCUCGCUCUCAACUCUCUCUCUUCUCUCUUCCACUUUUCACAUUUAGUCAUUUAACAGGCACCCUUAUCCAGAGUGACUUGCAAUCAGUGCAUUGAUCAACUAAAGGUAGGUAGAACAUCAUAUAUCACAACUUUUGCAAUUGUGACCUUCUUCAAAAUAGUCCCUUCUCUCUGUCCUCCAGUCGUGCUGCCCCGUCGGCUGAGUUCUCAGUGGACCGUACCCGUCACCUGAUGUCCUUCCUCACCAUGCUGGGGCCCAGCCCUGACUGGAACGUGGGGCUGUCUGCAGAGGAUCUCUGCACCAAGGAGUGUGGUUGGGCCCAGAGGGUUGUCCAAGAUAUGAUCCCCUGGGAUGCAGGCACCGACAACGGGGUCACUUACGAGGUCAGUGACCCCCUCAAAAUGUUACAACUACACGUUCUAAUAUUCACACUAUCUCUACCACAGGGAUUCUAACCAUAACACUGGAGCGCAAGCCCCAGACAUCACACAUCACUCACACCACCUACUGUAUUAUAUCACACUUUCUUAUAGGGCUGGGAAUUGCCAGGGACCUCACGAUACCAUAUUAUCACGAUACUUAGGUGCCGAUACGAUAUGUAUUGCGAUUCUCACGAUUCUAUAUGUAUUGCUAUUCGACACUGCGAUGUUACUGCGAUUCGAUGUUCCAAACAUAUGUCUGCUGCAGAGGGACAAGAGAGAGCCAUGAGAAAAUGAGUUUUGAUCAGUCAUGGAAAUUAAAGUGCUGGAAACAAAUUGGCUCAGUAUUUAAAAAGAAGAUGAAGCAAAAGCUAUGAAGGAAAAAUACUGGAAUUUUGGUGCAUGUACAGCCGACUAGUGCGAAAAUAAUAUUGCGAUAUAGUCAAAAAUAAUAUUGCAAUACACUGAGUAUACAAAACAUUAGGAACACCUUUCUAAUAUUGAGUUGCACCCCCUUUUGCCCUCAGAACAGCCUCAAUUCGUCGAGGCAUGGACUCUACAAGGUGUCGAAGGAGUUCCACAGGGAUGCUGGCCCAUGUUGACUCCAAUGCGUCCCACAUUUGUAUCAAGUCGGCUGGAAGUCCUUUGGGAGGUGGACCAUUCUUGAUACACACGGAAAACUGUUGAGCGUGAAAAACCCAGCAGCGUUGCAGUUGUUAACACACUCAAACCGGUGCGCCUGGCACCUACUACCAUACCCCGUUCAAAGGCACUUAAAUAUUUUGUCUUGCCCAUUCACCUUCUGAAUGGCACACAUACACAAUCCAUGUCUCAAUUGUAUCAAGGCUUAAAAAUCCUUCUUUAACUUGUCUCCUCCCCUUCAUCGACACUGAUUGAAGUGGAUUUAACAAGUGACAUCAAUAAGGUAUUAUAGCUUUCACCUAGAUUCACCUGGUCAGUCUGUCAUGGAAAGAGCAGGUGUUCCUAAUGUUUUGUACACUCAGUGUAUAUGUCAAUAUAUAAUUUUUCCUUAUUGGUAGACUGGUAGGGGAGCCUUUGCUGUGCUAUGUGAGCUCACAGACAGACCUCUGGCUGAUCCCUGGGAGUUCACAGACGAACCUGUUGAACUGUUUCUCCCCUGCUUGAUUUGGCUCGCCCCACCAAUGAUUUCACUCAUAUCAAAUGUCUGAAGCCUCAUACAUACUUACAGUGUACUUGGGUAGAAGAAAGAACAAGUUGUGUAAGAACCAGUCAAGAGUUAUGAAAUAAGGUUGUAGAGUGUUUUAUUAUUGAACAGUGUCUAUAUAUUUUAGUGGUUUUAGGAAGCCUGAAGUUGAAGUUUGGAGUUUGUUCUCUCUCACUGUGUGACUCUGCUCUCCACUGGUGUGAAAUAGUAUGAUUUAUGUAAUGAUGUAGCAUCCACAAACUGUACAUUGUAAUGGAUGGUUUUGCCUGCCAUAUAACAUAUCGGAAGUUCAAAGGUGUGACAGAUUUUAAUCACCAUAAAAACACCAGCACUUUUACAAAGUUACAUGUCAUCCCUUUAUGUUCAGACUAGUGGAUGGCUUGUUUUCCAGUGCUGUGCCUUCAGAAGCCCUGUGGCUGUGUUUGCUGUGUUAGCCCCCUGCUGGCAGACCUUUGCUGCAGACUAAUGACAACAGUUUCACCACAUAACCCCAUAAAUCAUAGUGUCCCUGACCCAGAUCUAUGAAUUCAUGUUGUUUUAGUGGAUGUGGCUUUGUGACUUGUAUAAUCUAGGUUUGCCAGUCCUAGGAGGCCAUAUGUUAUUUGUCCUGGGACGAGACUAUGUAGAUGUGUUGCAUGCCUCCAUAUUGCACAUGAAGAGACCUAUUGCAACCUUUCAUUUAUUUUUUAUUGUUUUUAUUUUUAUUUAUUUCACCUUUAUUUAACCAGGUAAGUACAAGGUUAUCUGCAAAGACAUGUUUUAUCACUGAUAUCAUGACACUCUUCCUCAAUACUACAAUGGAACACAUAUUGACAUGAAAAGCACAGUCAUGUAUGUUGACUCUUCAUUUGUGUGUGUGUGUGUUCUGUCCUCCAGUCUCCCAACAAGCCCACAGUCCCUCAGGAGAAGAUCCGCCCCCUGACCAGCCUGGACCACCCCCAGAGCCCCUUCUACGACCCUGAGGGGGGCGCCAUCACCCCCGUGGCCAGGGUAGUGGUGGAGCGCAUCGCCCGAAAGGUCUGUUCAUCCAAUCAUCUCUCUCCAUUCCUUCCCUUCCUUUGGCUGCUAUAUCUCUCCCACUUUUCUUGUCUCUUUCCUCUUUCUUUGCUUACUUCACUUCCUAUUUCCAUCCUCCUUCUGUCUCACUCUCUACUCACUCCUCUUGUUCCUUCCCUCCAGCUGUCACCAACACAACCUGAUUUCAUGCACAUCAAGGCAUGUUUGAGGUUCGCUCUAAGAUCUCGAAGCGGUUACAAACUUUUGAUUAUGUGCCUGUGUUCAUAAGGUUGUUUCGGUAUACGAUUCAAAAUGAAAUGGUAAACAAACAGCACAAUGGAGCAUAUUGGUGUAUUGAACUAGAAAUGUCAACUUAAAAGCUUCAGACACUAGAGGAAGAUACAUAUUUUUCCAUCUGAGAAGAACGUAACUUUAUUUUUACUCCCUCUGCAUUGUUCCAGUGCCUAACUGAAGAAGUUGUGGAUCAAUACAGCUGUAGAUAUAGAUGUUAGUUGUACAGGUGCAGUUUGAAGAGAGCAGGUAUUGAACAGUGAUGUAAAUGUCAGUGGACUAUAGCAUUUACACAGCAUCGAGCCAAGCAGACUCAACUGGAAUCUCUCCAUCUACUCUCUCAUAGCCUUUACCAAUAUAUUGAUCCUCACACACUGAAGCAUGCAGGUACAAGCACACAUGUGCACGCUCAAUCGCACACACACACACAGCAACCCCCUCCCACACCCACACACACACACCCUAUCACUCUGAUCGUUUGUCACUUGCCCUAAGCGGACAUCUGUUGUUAUGACAGCUGAAUGCCAUUAUCAGCAUGUCCCCAUAUCACCUCCCCGUUCGCUAGAAAGAUAGAUAACUACAUACGCUAGCUAGAUAGCGACAACGUGUAUCUGUGAGCUCCAGCCAAGGUGAGAGAUACAUCAGCUGACCUCCCUGUUUACCCCCUUCUCUGUCUGAUAGCCGCCAGAGGCAAACGGAGGAUCUUAUCACAACAGAGUGGUAUGUAUUCCACAACCCAGGCCUGUGUUUGUCUGUCCGCAGGGCGAGCAGUGCAACAUCGUGCCUGAUAACGUGGACGACAUUGUGGCUGAUAUCGCCCAGGAGGAGAAAGAGGAAGGUCUGUGUCUCUCUUUAUCUCUCUCCGCCCUCUGUGUCCCUGUAUCUCUUCAAAUCUGCCAACAAAGGUUGGAACAGAGGAGCGAUAAGCAAGAGAGAGGAGAAAGGCAUGUCUCUCUCUCUCGCUCUCUCGCUCUCUCUCGCUCUCUCACUCUCUCUCUGUCUGCCCAUCUCCAGGCAUGGGAGAUUAGAACCAGAGCUUGAGAAACAGUUCAAUUAGUUAACCCAGCCAGCACAAUCGUCCUCCAUGUUGCCUUUUCUCUCUCUCUCUCUUUCAUGGGAAAGCUGCACAGAUGGAAUCAUAUGCAGAUUUGAUCAGUAGUGGCAUUUUCAUUAAAUCAAUAAGGCUGCAGUUGAGAUUGUUCCAAGUGAAUUGUCGCUCCUUAACAUGUCCCAGGGACAUACAUGUUUGAUUUGAUUUGAGUCAGAUUAAUGUUUCAAUAGCACAUCACUUAGUGAGGAGGGGCUUAGGCACCCAACACACACCUGAGGAAACACAUAACUACUUAUGACUUUGAACAUUUGUGUUUAUGCCCUUCAUCAACAUUAUUUUAUUAAUGUCUUUCUCCUUCUCUCUCUCUCUCUCUCUCUCUCUCUCUCUCUCUCUCUCUCUCUCUCCUCUAAUCCCUUUCUCUCUCCUCCUCUGCCACCCUUUCUUCCCCCUCCCUCCCUCCCUCCUUCCCUCUCUCUCUCUCUCUCUCUCUCUCUCUCUCUCUCUCUCUCUCUCUCUCUCUCUCUCUCUCUCGCUCUCUCUCUCUCUCUCUCUCUCUCUCUCUCUCUCUCUCUCUCUCUCUCGUUCCCACAUUCCCUCCCUUCAGACGACACUCCAGAGACGUGUAUCUACUCCAACUGGUCUCCCUGGUCAGCUUGCAGCUCAGCCACCUGUGACAAGGGCAAGAGGAUGAGACAGAGGAUGCUGAAGGCCCAGCUGGACCUCAGUGUACCCUGUCCUCACACCCAGGACUUUGAGCCCUGCAUGGGGCCCGGCUGCAGCGACGAGGGUCAGUAUGUUGGAUGUACUAGGCAGCUCAUGAGACAUGGCGGGGUUUCGAACACAGGUUAACCUGAGAUUUACAAGACUGUGUUAGCCUCCUGAGCUAAAGCCGAUAUAUUAGCUCAGGGAACUAACGCAAGUCUCCGUCAACACGUGAGCGUGGUUCACCGAACCACAUCCGUUACACAUUUAUAGUGACAUGAACACAUAUAGUACAAUACAACCUUGGAUACAAUCUGGAAAUGUGUAUUUCUUGUUGCUGUCUCGGUGUAUAAACACCCAUCUAAAAAUAAACUUCAACAUCUGACCACCAAGCCCCUUUAUGAGCUCUAGGAGCUUUACUAGUGUGGACGUCAUCUUUGGUAGCAUUUCAUAGGUUAUUGCAACGAGUCAGACAGGGAAAGGUAAAAUCUGGUUCAGUGCAGGUCUUUAUUGGUGUGGGGUCAUCGAUAAAGCCCUCAGCUCGUUUGUAGCUCGGCCAAUAAAGUUGUAGCAUCAUAGAGGUGAGGGGGACGCUGUGUUUCUGAGACAAGCCUAUAAAAUGUGUAAUGAGCUAAAGCUGCCGGGAGCCCACAGUGGAUACUAAGGCUUUAUUAAAAGACACAUAACAAAUUAUGAGAAUACACACAGGGGACAACAUGUCUUUGCUGCUUGCAGUGAAAGACUAAUGAAUAAUCAAAUAGGCUUGGGUAUGAGUGUGUGUGUGUGUGUGUGUGUGUGUGUGUGUGUGUGUGUGUGUGUGUGUGUGUGUGUGUGUGUGUGUGUGUGUGUAUGUGUGUGUGUGCGUGUGUGUGUGCGUGCAAGUGGAAGUAUGCCCAAUCUGGCGUAAUGAAAAAUAUCAGACCCACAAUGAAUAUAAAUUCAAUAGAAGGCAUCUUCUCAUUGACAAACAAUAUCAAGAGUUGACCUUGAAUCUCUGGAGGUGGUCUAUCUUCACUUCCACCUAUUAGUACAUUAUUGAUAUAAUAUAUCUUGUCCCCUUCACACAUUGUCCUUAAACAGCAUCCCACUUAUUACCAUGGAGAUCUGGCUCCCUUCACUUUGAAUGGUCUGUUAAAGAACUCUAUUGAGUCAUAAUUCAUAAUUGAUUCAUAAUACAGAGGUUUAGCUGGCGUGUGUGUGUGUGUAUGUGUGUGUGUGAUGCAUGCACACACACAAUGCUCUUAUUCAGGGCUCUUAUUCAUGAUUAGCUUAUUAUUAAUGAUUAAUUAAUGAUUUGCUCAUCUUAUUAAUGAGCUGCUUUAUUGAGCAGAACUAAAUGAGUCUUUCAGUCUGGGGAGGGAGGGUUUAGAUAUAAAUCCACGUGAGUCUCACCCAGAACGACUCUUUCCCUCCCUCCCUCCCUCCCUCCCUCCCUCCCUCCCUCCCUCCCUCCCUCCCUCCCUCCCUCCCUCCCUCCCUCCCUCCCUCCUGAACAUAAUGCAACAACAGCAGGGGGUGGUUAUAAAUGAGCAGAAACAUGUCUGUUACAUAAAUGCAUUCACAUCUUAUGCAUGUUUAAAGCUCUUGGGUAAGACUUUGGGUACAGGUGUACUGGUACAAGCUCUUGUAAUGGCCAUGAGCUGACAUAGAUGCUCAUAGUCUUGUAUUGUCUUACUAUGAUAAAUGAGACUAACAGGAGGCCCUAUAGUGUAGAUGCAUCAUACACUGGUUGAUUAUAUAAAGUGUGAUGUAGCUACUAACACUGCAAGGACAUUAAAAUCCUGAAUGCAACUAAAAUGCCAUAACUGACCGUGACCUUUUGCCCUUUGCCCCCGACCUCUCAGAAGGGUCCACCUGCAUGAUGUCAGAGUGGAUCACCUGGUCUCCGUGCAGCAUGUCAUGUGGGAUGGGCAUGCGCUCCCGGGAACGCUAUGUCAAGCAGUUCCCUGAUGAUGGCUCUGUGUGUACCUUACCUACUGAGGAGAAUGAGAAGUGUAUUGUGAACGAGGAGUGCAGUGAGUAGCUUUCACCCCUGAAAUCAAUGGUUCACAAAAAAACUGAACAAAACUAACUGGGCCUCAUUUGUUGUUUGUUUGUAUGAGUCAUUUAUCACACACAUUGCUGCAUUUAUCAAAGUUUUUGUUUUUAAUCAGGUAAACAAACAAUUUCCGAGGUAUAGGAAAUGUUUGAUUAAUCUGUGUAUUUCUAUGCUGUUGAUAAAUGAGGCCCAUUGUGUGCAUCAAUUCUCAGUGGAAGAGCAUCUGCUAAAUUAUUCAAAUGCACUGCUCAAACUAUUAGAAUAAUGUAUAAUUAUGCAGGAUUGAAACAUGAUUACAGGACAAAGUAAUGCAUAUGUGGAUUAAGCUCUGCCUCUCCCAUUGAACACACCCUCUCCCCCUCUCUUCCUCUCUCCCAUUCUUCCCUCUCCUCUCUCCUCUCCCCCCCUUCUCAUUCACUCCUCCUCUUCCUUUCCCCAUCUCCACCUUUUCCCCUUUUAACUGUUUUACCCCCCGUCUCCCUCUCUUCAGCCCCCAACAGUUGUCUGGUGACAGAGUGGGGUGAGUGGGACUCCUGCAGUGCCACCUGUGGGCUGGGCAUGAAGAGGAGGGAACGCAUGGUGAAGAUGCCUCCCCCGGACGGCUCCAUCUGUGGGGCUGAUGUGUUGGAGGUGGAGAAGUGCAUGAUGCCAGAGUGUCGUGAGUAACACACACACACAGAUAAGCACAUGCACACUUAUACACACGUACACAUACACACACACACUCACACUCACACACCACAACAAAUGCCAACCAGAUGAAAUAAUAUAGACACUGAUUCUGUGUGUGUCCUGUGUGCACAGACACCAUCCCCUGUAUGCUGUCUCCGUGGUCUGACUGGAGUGACUGCAGUGUGACGUGUGGGAAGGGCAUGAGGACGAGGCAGCGCGUGCUCAAGUCUCCUGUGGAGCUGGGAGAGUGUACAGAGGACCUGGAGCAGGUGGAGAAGUGCAUGCUGCCAGAGUGCCGUAAGUAACAUUCACACACACACACAUUGGAGCGAACCUACUUUAUUCAUGUGUGGACACACCAACUGAAACAGUACUGCACAUGUAUAAUUCAUGAUAAUACUGAUUAGUAUCUUUAUUGUGCAACCUAGCAUCCGUCUGCUUAUAAUACACUCCCUAUCAUACGUCACAAACACAUUUAAAACACACUUGGCUUGUUAGUGUAUACACAUCUGUUUGACAUCUGUGUUAGGAGUGCCCAUAGUCUCAUCUCCAGCCCAAACUCUCCCAGAUAGUGUUAUCAUGGGAAUACCCUGGUGGGUUAUUAGCUGGUUUAUAUGAGAGGGAACAGCUUCCUCAAGCUGCUCCUCCAUUGGAACCCAGAAGUGCACAUGUGCUCUCACAUUUAAGCCUGACUUAAUAGGAUAUUUAUAAAUUCUAGUCAGGAACGAGACUGGCAGACACAUUACCACAGGAAAAUACUCUCUUUAGUCUCUCCUUUCUCCUGUUCCCUAGAAAAUAAGGGAGCUAAUUUCAGGGAUGUAUUGUGAAGAACGGGAUUAAAAAGCAGAAAUAACCAGCUUUAACUUUGUCAGACUUGUCACUGUAUUGGGGUGAAAAAGCUUGUUAACUGGUCUUCCCUCAGUCUUAGCGAGGGGAUAAAGCUGGCAGUAUUAUUCUGGCCAGCCCUAAUCAUCCUUGCAGUUCGUAAGAAUGUUCUUGUUGUGGACAUAAGUCAGAUAAUUUGUUUCCAGGGGAUUCAUAUUGUGUUAUGUGUAGAACAAGGAACUCUAAUGCGAAGUCAUAAGGUGUAUUUACAAGCUUUCUUCCCAUAUUAACUCUUCACCUUUCUUACUCCACCCUGUCCUCCUCUUUCAUUAUCUCUCAUCCCCCCUCUCUUCUCUCUCUCUCUCUCUGUCUCUUCUCUCUCUCUCUCUGUCUCUUCUCUCUCUCUCUCUCUCUCUGUCUCUCUCUCUCUCUCUCUCUCUCUGUACAGCGACAGACUGUAUGGUGUCAGAGUGGACGGAGUGGUCUGAGUGUAACAAAUCCUGUGGUAAAGGUCACAUGAUCAGGACGCGCAUGGUGAAGCUGGAGCCCCAGUUCGGAGGGGACUCGUGUCCCGAGACAGUACAGAGGAAGAAGUGUAAGAUCAGGAAGUGUAACCGCGGCGGUGGCCAGGGCCAGGUCAACAGCGACGAGAAGAAACGACGCAAAGAGGCGAGGGAGAAGAGGAGGAGCAAACAGGGGGGUCGACAGGGGGAGGAGACCACGUCGACCGCUGAACACCCAGGUUGGUGGGACUCAUUAUCACCACCAUAACCGUCAGCAGCAGUGUUAUAGUCAUUACCAUUUUCAUAAUCAUCAACGAUGUAAUCAUCAUCAAGCUAAAUCAUAGAGUGCGGUUACAUGCACACAAUAAUGUGAUUAUUGUGGAUAGUUAGAUAUAAUAUAAUAGUUUGAUUAAAACGUUUACAUGCUUUGCAUGAAGAACGAUUUCCCUAUUAAUCCUGUUUACAUGGACACAUCUGAAAUCAGGCAACCUGAUGGCACUCUGAUAAAUGCAGAAAAUCGGCAAUCAAAAUAAAAGUUCUACCACAGCAAGCAUGUUAUUUUUGGGAUGCAUAUUUGAUUCUGAGUUCGGACAUACACACUUAACUUGCGCUAAAGAGGGUGGCUCGCUGGGCUGGUGCUAUCACAUGCACAGAUUAAAUACACCGCUGGUACACCGAUUAAGGUGUUUACAUGUCCUAAGAAUUAACACAAAAGUUGCUCUGAAAACCAGGUGUUUUAAUCGGCGUAUGCUUACUUCUUUUGACCUUGCCCAGAUGAUCUGCCUACUGCCAUAAUUAGUUUAAUAUUGAAUUAUUAGUGUGCAUGUAAACGUGCUCAUAGAAAACUAAAUCACAGUCAGUUUUGAUAGUCAGUAUCUUCAAUAUGAUCAUUGCUAUUCUUUAACAAGGAACAAUUUUCCAUGAAAAACCAUUAAAUGUCUUUCUCCAUGAUUUCUCUCUCUCUCUCUCUCUCUGUCUCUCUCUCUCUCUCUCUGUCUCUCUCUCUCUUACUCUCACUCUCACUCUCACUCUCACUCUCACUCUGACUCUCACUCUCUGGUCAGGCUGUAAAAUGAGGCCGUGGUCCAGCUGGACAGACUGUACCAAGCUGUGUGGCGGGGGGAUCCAGGAGCGGCUAAUGACAGCCAAGAGGAGGUUUAAGAGCGCUCAGCUCCCCAGCUGCAAGGACAGGAAGGAGAUCCGAGCGUGUAACGUGCACCCCUGCUAG